AUGUCCAAAACGGCUCACAGUGCCAUUGCAUCAUUGCGCCAUGAUGCCGUGAACGCCACCGGCGGGCACUUCACGUACCAACUGAAGGCCGCCCUCGGUGGAGGUUUGAUCGAUGAGAUUUGGAACAAUACGGUGCUCAGCUUGAUUGGAGGGUCGGUGGUGAAUGCCGACAUGGUCACGGGAGUACGACUGGUGGACAAGCUGCAACAUAAGCGUACUCCACACGUCCGAAUCGAGGUGUGGUUUUCCAACAUGAGCAACACAGAGAAGGUGGACCAGCUUCAGCAGAGCCUCGAAAAGUGUCUGAGACUGCACUAG